GGUAUGAAAGGCCUGGGACAAUAUUUACAUUCGAAAAAUCUACUGUUCGGAGUAACUAUUGGUUAUGGAACUCUGACAUGUUCAGGUUAUCCAGGUAGCAUGAACUUUCUCGAAUUGGAUGCAAAGACUAUGGCUGACUGGGAAGUGGAUUACGUGAAGAUGAACUCUUGUAACAGUCCUGAUCAAAUGAUGCCUGAUGGUUUUGAAAAAUUCUCUCGACUACUUAAUGGAACUGGAAGACCUAUGGCGUUCUUGUGUACAUAUCCUCUAUAUAAUUCAUGGUAUGCAAACCCUCAAUCGGUCGACUGGAAGCGAUUACAAAACAACUGCAAUCUAGUUCGUGCUCUGCCCAAUUCUCAUAGUUUUUGGGGAUCUGUAUUCAAUAUUAUAGAUGGAUAUAAACUUCGCAAUGAUAUUUUGCCGAAAGUGGCUGGUCCCGGACAUUACAACGAUCCCGAUAUGUUAGUCUUGGGAAACAACGGACUUUCGAAUGAUCAAAAGCGAGCUCAUAUGGGCAUGUGGUGUAUGUUCGCUGCCCCACUACUGAUCUCAGCUGACAUGGACAAGGUGGAUGAAUUCAGUGCAUCUCUGUUACGUAACAAACAUUUGUUGGCGAUAGAUCAGGAUAAAGGUGGACAUCAGGCGGAAUUCGUGAAAACACGAAAUGAUGUACAGUUGUGGAUACGAAAAUUAAAUAAUCGUCCAAAGGGUUGGGCAAUCGCUUGCAUCUACACAAAGGUUGAUGGAGGACCAAUCAACUUCAGCACAAAUCUUGAUGAAUUCAAAUCACAGAUGUAUACAAUAUCAGGAGAUAAGUUUGAAUUACUGGAUGUAUUCACAGGCGAUAUAUUCAAAGACGUACAAUUGACAGAGAACUUUACGAUUUCCAUCAAUCCAUCUGGAAUUAUGAUGUUUCGAGUAAAUCCAUACAAAUUGGUUUAUUCUUACCAAUAAAUUGAUGGAUGUUUCCGUUGUGUGGAUUCUGUUAAUUUCAGUUCAUUUCAUAUUAGUUCUGUGAUUUUGGCUGAACAGUUAUUGGAUGUGUCAUUAGUGAAUAAUUAUUCAUGGGAUAAUGGUAAUAAAGUUUAUCAAUUCAAACUGAUUUCAUUCAAGAAUA